UACUUUGUCCAAAGAUCGAUUUUACUUCAACAUGAAGGGUUUGCCUACACGUACAACAUAAUAUUACUGUCUGGACUUCUUCAUUGAAGACAUGUUGUGCAUAAGAAAGGCUAACGUCAUUGCAUGUUUUCCUACCUCCAUGGUCAUUAUUGUAAGACUUUACCUGUAGUAUUCGUCGCAUUAUGAAGCGAACUUCUGCCAUGUCUGUUUUUCUCAUGCGUUCUCGGACAUGGAUCGGCGUCGCGCUUCUUUGGAUUUACACUGGGCCUAUCAGAGGAGUCGAUUCAGUCACAGUCUCCAGAGACCAGUGGGUUGUUUUUGGAAUGGAUGCAGUGGUAACUUGUUCCCCACAAGUUAGUGGCUUUACUUCCAUCCGAUGGGAAAGAACUAACUCCGGUUUCACAGGCCCACCUACUGAUCCUACACGCAGUAUCCUGGAGUAUUUCCCAAGCACAAACAGCAUCACGUAUGGUAGCACUGUUGAUCCUAACCAUUAUGAUGCUCAGCAAUCCAGUAAUGGAGGUAACUUCUCGUUGGUUGUGAAGUCUGUUACUUUGGAUGAUGGUGCCAAAUACUGGUGUCGAUUCUAUAAGUUUCCACCGUUCAACCCUGAGCCAAUUGGCCACAGUAUUGUGCAUAUAAGAGUACCUCCUAGCAUGAUUGGAAUCACCAACAACGGCACUUCCUACAACACGGGAGAGUCCAUCCCAUUGGUAGCUGAUGAUGGUCAUCAAUUUACCUGCGCCACAUCAAGAAUCAAUCCAGCAGCCACAUUCACAUGGAAUCUAGUCUUAGGCAGCAGUACAUCUCAGCCACAAGGAAUUCAGACAGACAAUGUUAACAGCAUGGAUGCCAGGCUGGUGGAUAGCUCCAAUCUGAUCACUGUAGACAUUCCUGAGAGUCCAGCUACUGGUCAGCUGAUGUGUGGAGCUACCAACAGACAAGAUGGAAUGACAGAUACAGAGAGAGACAUCACUGUCAGUCUUCAAAUCAAAGUGCCCCCGAAGGCAUCUUCUAUGUCAAUUUCUGGAUUUAGUGGUACUGAACAAGGAUCUGUGGACCAGGCUAAACAACACAAGAUUCAGUGUCUGGUACAGGGUACCAGACCUGCAGCAACUAUUGAGUGGUACCUGGACAGUGUAAAGCAAAGUGGUACUUCAUCUGAUUCACAACCACCUGGUCAGAAUGAGUUAAUUGAUACAACAGGUACCUGGACAUUUACUCCAAUCCGAGCUGAUCAUAAUAAGGAGGUCAGAUGUGAGGCAAGCACCCCAGAGUCACAGAGGCCACUAACAUCUGUCCUGAUGGUUCCAUUAAAAGUUGAGGGUCCUCCUGAUACACCUGUUAUAACAGGAAAUACGUCACCAAUGACUGAGGGGGUCCAGAUUGUCUUGACAUGCACAGCAGAUGAGGGAUAUCCUGAUGACUGGAGUCUUGAUUGGUCCAGUAAUGGGAUACCUAUAUCAAGCUCCACUAUGCACUCACCAACAUCAGAAAGUCGCUACAGGUUCAGCAGUAUGGUGAACUUUACACCGAGGAGACAGGAUAACGGCAACAAUAUCACGUGUACAGCAAACAAAGCCUCCUGGACCACAGGGUCCGUUGGGUAUCUGGGACCAAUUGAUGUGCAAUUCUGUGCUAGAAAUAUAAGUGUAAAAUGCCCAGGUGAUGUGAGGGCAGGUAAUCUGGCAUCCAUGGAAUGUCUGACAUCUGAGAGUAGCAACCCAACUACUACAUUAACUUGGUCUAAUGGUAGUGUCAGUGUAACUGGCCCCUCUGAUCAAGAAAACACCCUGGGUGAAUAUGCAGGACAAACAUCUAAAGUAACCUACACAACUGAUGUCCUAACCAAAUACAACAACAAGAAUGAAUUCAAAUGCUGUGCUGUAAACUCUGAGUUAUCAUGUGGUGGAGAUUUGUGUCACAUGUGCACCCUGAAUGUGGAAUAUGCUCCUGAAUUCACCUCUUUGACACAGUCUCCAAACAACCCUGUUACUGAAGGCAAUAAUGUCAUCCUGACUUGCACCGUAGAUGCCAAUCCUAUGCCCGGUGAUAUCACAUGGGAGAAACAAGGAUCCGAUCGGGCAUUUAACUCAGAGUACAAUGCUGGCACCAGUACACUGACUCUGAGUAGUAUCACAAGGGAGCAAGCUGGGUACUACACCUGUACAGCUAACAAUGGAGUGCCCACAGACAACCCUGGCGAUGAUGUAGUAUCAUCUCAACUGACAGUUAUUGUGCAUUAUGAGGUUAACAUCACUAAUAAAGAAAUGACUGAGCAAGGUGGUAAAGAUAGGGGUAGUGCUUCCUUGAUCUGCAUUGCUGAAGGCAACCCUAGGCCAACUAUGCAGUGGUAUGGUCUAGACAACACAGUGAUAACUAAUGAGACAGACACGGCUAAGUUCAUGGUGGUGAAUGUCACGACAGGAGGAGAUGGUGUGUAUGGGUUCCAAGUGACCAGCACUCUGACAAUCAACAAUAUUGAUUCUGACAUGGACUUUGGGACGUACACCUGUACCAGCACAAAUGGGGUAGGAGAGGCAGACAUGCUGAGGGUUAAUCUCACUGAAACAAGAAGACCAGACAAACCUAUCAGAGUUAUGAUCACUGGUCAGACGGCAGAGUCUCUGACAGUGACAUGGACAGCAGGGUAUAAUGGUGGUGAGGAACAAUCAUUCCGUGUUAGCUACCUGAAGACGUUAGACUCCACAGAGACAGGUGUUGGUGAGAGUGAGACAGGUGGGAAGACGACAUACACAGUGACAGGUCUGGAGGACUACACGGAGUAUGAAAUCAGGGUGUAUGCCAGGAAUGACAUCGGUGAAAAUACUGACUAUGCCAAAGUAGCAGGACACACAUUGCCAAAGCCUCCAGGCCCAGAUACAGUUACUGUUGAGUACGACAAAGAUGAUGGGACUGUGAAAGUCAAUUGGCUGAAGGUGGUAGAGAAUGGUUGCAUUCAGUUGGAAGUCAAGUAUGAAGGCAACGACUCCUGGCAGGAAUGUGGAAAGUGUAUUGAUUCUGAUCAGACAGUGACACUCUCUGAAUGGUGUGCAGUAUCACAGACGAGAAGACGACGAGCUGUAGGUGACAUUGAAGACGUCCUCUCAAAACUCUGUAUUGAUGGUUUGUGUAGUGAGGCAGCGCCUGCUAAACAAGCUGAAAGCACCACUUCAGUACCCAAGCAGUCAACCAGUAAUACGGGGAUUAUUGUUGGUGUCAUAGUCGCGGUUGUCGUGUUGAGCAUAGUCAUUGUACUUGGAGUCUACACAAAGAGGAAGUUCAAGUUGAGGAGCCAUAGAGAAGAGGACAAUGAAACCCACUGCACGGCAAAGAAAAUUUGUCAGGAGUCAUCAAUUCCACAGGUACCUAGAUAUAAAGAUGCACAGUCACCAUAUCAGGAAAUAACUGAAUUAGACGUCAUUGGACAACAAGAUAAUCAGAAUCAAGGAGCAGCAACAUACUCAAAUGUCACCAUGGUAAAAAAGCGAUUCCCACGCAAUCAGCUGAAGAUUGUCAAAGAGCUUGGACAUGGUGCUUUUGGUCUGGUUCUUCUUGCUGAAGCUACUGGGAUAAUGGAAAGUUCAAAUGUCACCUUGGUAGCAGUUAAGACUCUCAAAGAUAGCGCAAGCAAGUGUGAUAAAGAUGGGAUACUGAAGGAGCUGGACUUGAUGAAGAAGUUACCAGACCAUUGUAAUGUAGUCAGGCUCCUGGGAUUUUGCAUAGACGAAGACCCACCAUACAUCAUCAUGGAGUAUCUUUCCAGAGGCAAUCUGAAAGAUCUUCUUCAAGACAGUCGCAGUAAGGGUGGGCGUGUCUAUGGAAACCUGCAUGGCAUCAGUAAAUCACUAACUUCGAAGGAUCUGAUGAAAUUUGCCAAGGACGUUGCUGAUGGAAUGGCCUUUGUCUCAUCUCAAAAGUGCAUCCACAGGGACCUGGCUGCCCGUAAUGUGCUCUUGGCUGAGGACAUGUUAUGUAAAGUGUCCGAUUUUGGACUUGCUCGUGACGUCAUGAACAUCAGAGUAUAUGAACGAGGGUCGGAGGGUGCUCUGCCCAUGCGUUGGAUGGCUCUUGAGUCGUUGUUGGAUGACGUAUACACAACAGAGAGUGACGUAUGGUCAUUUGGUGUACUUCUGUGGGAGAUUGUUACUCUUGGUGCUCGUCCAUAUCCAGCUAUGACUGCUAAGGUAAUGGUCGCUGAGCUUCAGUCAGGUUAUCGAAUGCCAAAACCACAACACUGUCAACACGAUUUGUAUGAGAUGAUGUUGAGAUGUUGGGAUGAGGAUCCAGAGAACCGACCUACAUUCAAGAUGAUCAGUGAGCAGCUGGAGGGACUUAUCAACAAAGGAAAGGAAUAUAUAUCCGUCAAGAACUUUCAAGAGUCGAUUUAUGAAGUCGUUCAACCAGAAGAUAAAGGGGAGAAAGUUUAAGCAUUAGGACAGCUUAUAAGAAUGAGUGACCUACGGGAAUAGAGUUCUUGAACUGGUUUUAAAAAUUAUGGGAUAAAAUUGGUCUUUGUACAUACCUUUGUCCUUGUUUUGUUGUAUGACCGCAGUUUAGCUUUCGUUUUAGGAACAAUUUGUACAAACAGUAAAAUCAAUUCAUUCUAGCAGAGAAACAAGAAAGUCGUAAUUUCAGCAACAGAAUGAACGCGUUCAGGACAAUUUAAGGACAAUUCUACUGUAAUGCUUUGAUUACUGUAGAGCCUAUGUUACAGUCUGGGAGCUGGGUGAGGUUUAUUUAACAUGGAAGGUACAAAAGGUUUGAGGUGCUGGGGGUGUAGUACUAGCCAACCCUUACACAGAACGGCCAUUCUUACAUUCUGCAUGUGGUGGGUGUGGCAGGAGGGCCACUCGAAACCCCACCCCAUAUUGGAUUUAUUUAACAUGAAAGCCUACAAAUUUCAUUUUUGUGCCAAGUUAUUACGGGCACCACACUUAAUCCAAAUCUUCAACGUAAGAAUGGAAAUUCUGCUGGAAAGAUCACUUAAGAAUGACGCUAAUUAGCGCUAAUUAAGGUUUUAAUUAACAUGAAAGGUACAAGUAUGGAACCAAAUCAGGAAUGUGGAGAGUGGUUGCCUGAUGGAGAACCACUAACGUAAGAAUGAACAUUUUGGUGGAAAGGUCACAUAAGAAUAGGUCAAAGGUCACUAAUUUAGCCAGAGACUAAUUAAAAUUGCCAUAUCUCUUGACCUACAUUAUAUGAACAGUUUAAAUUGGUCUCAAAACGAAGAGGGAGUUAAGAUGGGAUGUAAAAAGUUUCAAGAAAAUUACUUUUAGCUGGGCCAAUUUUGAAAAAAAACACCUAAAAGUUGUACCUGAUUUACCCCCCGGACUAAUUACCGUUUAAAUUAACAUAAAAGUUACAAGUACGAAACCACUGAGGAUUUGCAGAGAGUGGCCACCUGAUCCAGAAUCACCAACUUAAGAACGGAAAUUGUGGUGGAAAGGUCACUUAAGAAAAGGUCAAAGAUGAUACACACCCAAUAAUACACCCAAUUUACAUAAAAAUAACAUGGAGUAUACAAGAUUAAAAUCACUUAAGGAACUACUGCGAAUUGUCACCCAAUAAGGAAUAACCAUAUGAUUUUUAACAAUCAGCAGCUUUUAAAACAAGUGUUACAAUUGCUUGUAGACUCUGUUCAGACAACAUGUUUAGGGCUGUCAGUUUGAAAGCUUGUAUCCAUACCAAAACCUUGUACUUGGCAAUAGGUGUACCACAAUAAAUUUGCUCAAGUGUUACAUGUACCUCCUGUGUAACCCAAAAGAGAUGAUCAGAAAUGUUUAGCACUAAACAGGUAAAAGGACAUAGGCCUAUUGCAUCUGCUGUUAAUGUCGAAUAGAAUUAGUCAUCAUCCGAUUCUUCAUCCUCAUCUGAUGAAGAUAGAUCCUCCUCUUCAUCUGAAGAGGACAGCUUAAAAUCUUCAUCAGUUUCCUCAUUGGUAGCUUUAUAGUGUGGUAUCAAUGCCUCUGGCAGCUGGGGACCACUGAACCAAGAAAUUCGUCUCAUCUUGGAGCUCCAAACAAUCGUCUUCAGUAGGAUGUUGCUGGAUGACAGUCAAAUCCGCAUUUGCCCACUUCUUGCAACAAAAGACGCCAUCGGAUAUGUUGGGAAAUCUCCGCCUUACGGGGUGGAAUCAAUGUUGCAUCGAUGCCCUUUAAUUUCUUCAGUGGAUUUUUGCUUGCUGACUUUGGCCCAAAGAUUUUCUCAAACAUUUGAUGCCGAUAUGCGUCUAAGGAGAGUGCUGCCCGUCUCACCUUUGCGCCAUACAUCCAUGCUAUGGAGGAUAUUACAGCUUGUAUAGUCUUCUCGCUCAGGUUUCCUUCUGCCAUUUCUGCAAAUGCUGUUUGUGUGUCAAUGUCCUUUUCCAGCUGCUUGAAUGGACGCACUUUUCCCUAUCUGACAAAGGCAGAAGUGUAUUCUGAUCCCGUAAACGAGUGGAAAGCCAUCUGGGCAUCGGAAAGCUUCUUUCCAAUUGUCUUCCCAAUGUCAGUUAUGUUGAUGUACCUCCUGUCGUUUCGUGCUGCUGUACCAAUAUCCAUCCAUAUGUUUGCUCGAGUAUUCCAGGAGUGAUGGACCAAUAUGACAGCAAUAUCUGUGUUGGACGCUCUCACAACCACAUUCUGGACAAUACCAUCGUCCAAAGCUUUUACAUAAGCACAGAUUAGGGUGUCCGCCUCUCCAUGGUUUGUGGUCAAGUCUUCAACGACUUCCCUAACUACGGUGUCUCCUUGGACAUAGAAGUGAAAGCAGGCCCCUAGGUGAGACAGGCACACAUGCUUGCGGUUGAUCACUCUCGCAUAGUGUGGUGCCAUCCAUUCUUCAGCUAGGAACUUUGGUAGCUUCUCCUGGAUUGUAGGCAGUCACUAGUGUUCCUCGGACGCUUUUGCACGGCUCCGGAUAUAACAUACUCCCGCUUCUCCUUAUCCUCCAGACCUCUUCUAGCUCAUUCACCCUCCUUGAUAGACGGAAUAGGGUACACGUCAAAAACAAUGUCUACUCUGUUCCCUGACAUGGUGGUCACUUGCUCAAGAAUACCAGCUCCUGAGCCACCCUACGUUCCUGGAAGAUGAGGCAGGAGGGUCCGCAUGAAGAAAUUGCCAUUAAUGACGGUUGCAUCCACUGUGGUUGGAGCUGAUUGAUCCACUCUGUCUCCCAAGAGAUGGAGAACGGCGUUCCUUUCUGUUUCUACCAUCAAACCAUCUGUGUUGCACAUUGAGAGAGGACAUGUUUCGAGUCCAGAUCUUUCUUACAGGCUAGUACAAGCAGCCGUCCCAUCAGAUCACGUGUGCACACCAGAGACGUUAUCCGUUUGUCUUUGCUCUGUUUACCGGACUUGCAAUUCUGCUUGAACGCCAGCAGUUUCUCCUUCUUUAUAGGCCUUUCAAAGUUGUUUUGGUCUUCGAAGCACGACUAAGUAAAUUUUUCAUGGCGCUCUUUCCCCUCCUCUCUCAAUUCAAGUAGACAUGCCUUGAUAGGUUCACUGGUGACUUUCCCUGUUCUGAUAUUAAACUAACUUGGGGACACUUCAGCUGACCUCUGAAAGGGAUCACAGCAUCCCUUUAUCUGUUCCAUGACCUUCUGCAAGUCGGAGGCAUCCCUUUUCAUUCGUGAUCUGUGCAAUUCUGCAGUUUUGUCUUCACGAUUCGACAUACCGGCUAACUCCUGGGCAUUGGCAGUAACGGAAGCAUGAGCAGACUUGGUUAUCAUCCAUCGAAGGCGUGCGCUGAAGUUGUUGGUGGCAGAUGACAGACCUGUGCGUCUAAAAGCUGCGUCAGCAUUCACGGUUUGUUCCAACGUUAGAUCCACUGGAGGUCUGCUGAAGGACUUGCUUGAUCUCUUAAGUGAAGUGAAGGCACCAUUCUGUAGGAGAAUGCGAAGGCCAGGGUGCGUAUUGUCGAUGUUUACCAGGUCCAACUGAAAUUUUGACAACCAACGGGAAUAGUUGAUAUGGUUCGUUGCAAAGAAUAGUUCGAUAACUGGAGUGAGAGCAUAGGUAAACAGGUCAAUGUCAUUUGUUCUGAUGGCACGUUAUAGAUUGUUGAAGUUAUGAAUGUAGUCUACAUAAGUAAUCCAGAACUGUACUGUCGCCCCGUGUGUCUACUCUUUGUACUUUGUAAGACAAGAGGUAAAUAUCUCAGAAGACACAACUGCUUGCCAUUUCUCUUCAUCUGGAGUUGUUUCAUUGUCUGGAGCUCUCUCAAAUGAAUGUAACAAAUCUGCAACUUUUUCAUUCCCAUCAAGUGUCUCAAGAAAUGCCUGGAAAUGGAGAAUCUCAAAUGCCAGUGCAAGGAUGGGAUGGAUUCGCUUACACCUGUUGAAAUGUUUGCAUGUCAGCAAUCCAUUCAGUGAAUCAGGUGCCAAGACAUCACAAUCGGUCAGAAUUCUGGGGCCUCCAGACUCAUCAAUCACCUUUUCUAUGGCUUUGAAAAAGCCCUUUCAACAUGAAAGGGGCUCAACAUGACGAACAAAUCAUCAUGCUUUGGAGACUCUGUUACCUGGAUCUGCAUGGCCGGGUUGGCUUCAUUUAGGUCGUAUGUUACCACUCUAUACUGCUGUCCACACUAGUGGGCACAUUUUCGUGUUAUGACUAGGGUUUCCUGUAUCACAUCCAGGUUUGUGAUUGGUUGGUUCGGGUUUUUCAUGUACAUAACAACUUGUUCAGUCGAAUUGUCAGGUUUAAUCAAGGAAUUAAAUCCGACCCCCAGUGGUAUGUUGGACAAGCCCAACGCCUGGCACAUCAUCCAUGCCAAAUCCUUCUUCUUGGCUUGAGGUCUCCCAUCAGGACAGCUGCCCUCUAAUGUCUUUAUGACAUAUUUGAAUGUGGUCAUACGUGGCUUCUUUCUGUAGGGUUCUAGGGGCUGCACGUGAACCUCAAGCUUCCGUUUCCGUGACCUUUUAUCCAAUGUGCGCAGCUGUAGAACAGCCUCCCCGAUUUGUCUCCGGUCUGGCUUGGACCAACCUUGUUUUGGUAUAGAAUACCCAUUGUGCCAUGAAGCGUAUCCGCUCCGAUGUCUCUGUCAUUUCAUCGAAAUUAUCAAAGGCCAAACCCAUGACCAUCUUUUCAGUGGUUCCUUCUGGACAAGCCUGUUGCUUAUUUUUUAUUGCCUCGUCCAAUGAUGUUUCAAGCUCCUCUAUUGUGCUAUAAUCUACGAUGUGCCCAAACCUGUUCAACAUCUGCACGAUCUUUUUGCUUCCAGUCAUCGAUUUGAUGGCCAUACCCAGAAUAAUCUGUUUUCCUGGUUUUACUCGACCAUUUUGGACUAUGUAGAGGGCAUCUUGACUAAGGUUUUAAGUUAAGGUUGAGUUAUUUCACCGCGUUAAGAAAACAGAUGUGUCAGUAGUCUUUGUUCAUAUUCACAAAUAAGCCUGUAUUGUGCAGAGCAGUCAUCUAUUUUUACUAUAGGAAAGAGAGUCUAAAACAGUUUCUAAGGGGUAAAUUUACCCCUUAAGGCUUCAGAGUAACGUAGAUUUAUUGGAAAUACGCCUAAACUGCGUUCAAAGCUAGUACUUUAAAAAUGUAAAGUUAAAUUACGCAGAAAAGGCAUUUGGAUAAGGAACCAUUCCGAAUAGUAUUCAGAUAUAAUUUAAUACGUUCGUUGGCCUAUACAUUGCUGAUUAUGGUACCGGGGUAUCUAAUAUUAUUCGACAGUUGCCUUUAUUCAACUAUAUUUUACCUAUCAAUUAUGUAGUAUCGAACCCAGAAAUGCAGUCUUGUAUAUCAAAAACUAAGGGGGUGGACCUGACAGUUAAGUACCGUGAUCAGUGCAGUGUUCGAAACAUUGUAAAAAUUUGCGUGUUCACCCUAGCACAAAAGCCUGUUGCUGUUCCGUUUUGUAUUAGUAUGUAUCAUUAUUUGCGUUACAGGCACUUUCUAAACUCAUCUACGUCAGUUGAUUUGGCAUUAAGAUUAAUUAGAAUAUUUAAGGUAGACGUUAAACACACAGUGAAUACUGGAACCGGGGUCCUUUGCCAACGGGCUUAGGGUAUACUGAUGAUCCACAGGCAUCUCGUGAGUUACACCCACCUCAACACAUUUGAGAAAGGUUACUCUAUGCAGGCUUCCUGUAUGUAUACAAUCAAGGUGUAACUCUUUCAACAUAAUUUAAUGUCAAAACCUAAGUAUCGUUUAAGUGGUGUUUCAUUUAGCCAGAAAGUCACCGAACUAGAUCUAUGCGUGUUUUAGUAAGCCGUGCUAUAUUGUGUUUUAUGCAAAACAAUCAGCUUUGUCCAACUCAUCGACGGGAUUUACUGCAAAACUAUUGGAUGUAUACGAUAUUUCACAUGAACGUGAAGUUAACGCUUUAAGUUUUUUUUUUUUUACAUCUGAUUACGUUUAGAAUCGGCGGCCUAAGAAAGGAAACCGUUUACACUAUGCUGGUAACAAAUUUGUUUCAAAAUGCACUUUGAUUUUAACAAGUUAGGCAGAUUAUGUUAAAGUUUAUUUGAAGUGUUUUAAUAGAGUUCGUUACCGCUUUCUAAUGAUAAAUCUUAAAUUCUAUUCUCGAGAAUCUGUUGUUUUGCCAACACUUGUUCGUAAAAGAUAACUAAUGACGUAGGAAAAAGGAAGGUACAGGUGGUAAUAUAAUUCUUAACCAAAAGUGUACAACUAUAUAACGUUAAGUGUUUGUAACCAAAAAUCAACUCAUUCUCCCCCACUUUGUGAACCUAUUACUAUCAGGAGUAAACGAUCUGCCGAAAAGUUUAAACACCGAAUCGUGCUAGAAAACAUUUUGGGUCUUUGUUCGUCGCCCAAAAGCAUUUCUCUUUGAGGAUUUUACAUAUACAUGUAUAGGAAAGUCCAUUCAAGCUCGAGAGUUUUUCGCAAAAUGACUUCUAACUGAAAACAACCCAAGAACCGUUUGUUAAUAAUCGAAGUGUUACCUUUGUGCCAUGCAGGAAAGAAUUCAACAAAGUCACCUCGAGAUGGCUAAAAACGAAUUUCGUUAAUGACCUUUCUUAUCCGGCAUUAUCGCACCUAAAUCUCCUUUUUCAUGCACGUAAAAACGAGAUUGUACAAUGUUGCAAAUAGUUAUCUAGUCUUCCAUUCCUUCGACAUGCUCUAUAUUACAUUGAAUUGACCUAACGCAGUUCUGAGCAAAGAUUAAAUAAAACUUUGAAAUAUUUCGUGGAAUGCGAUUAUUGCUUUUUCAAAUUGAAAACACUUUGUAAAAUGCUUUAACAUUUUUGAUAUGUUUUACUUGUAAUCUAGCUCCUACCGACAGACUACCAUCAAAUACUAGUGUUUCGGACCAAAAACACCUAAUCGUACUGGUAGGCAUGUACAUGUAUUAUAGAUUUUCGAAAGUGAGAGGUCAGUUUUGGCAGAAGACCCCUCUUUCAGGUCAGGUUAUUUUCCAUCUUCUUUAACGUUAUAUGCAACCAAUAUUUUACAACAGCCUUUGUCUGAGGUUCAUUUGUAAUAAGUAAACAAACGGGCCAAGCAAUUACGAAUUUCGCACACUAUUUUCCUCAUGAAGGAGUCCAUAAGGGUUCCAUGGAAACUUUCACGCUCUAUUUUUGUAAAGGAAAUACAGGGAACUAUGGACGUUGAAAGCAUUUUGGGUUAUUUACUAUAGCAAUCACAGCAUUUGCAGUGUGCACGCGUCACCAGCACAUGGAAAGGUUGACCCUAGUUAUUGAUUUCUGUUCAAUGGGUGCUCGAUAAAAAUUGCGUUACGAUUUGCCAUUCUAGGCGCCCUGUGUCAGAGCUGGCUGGCAAACGAAUUUCAAACCUUGAAGACUCUCUACAAACCUCAGACACGACAUAUCUCGAUACAAUGCUACACUUUUAUAACUCCACACAACACUAUGUAUCCCCUACGCUCAAAUUGACACGUUAUCUUGUAAACGGUCGACGAGCAGUUUUAAAGAGAGCAUAGAUACAACGUACAUUGCAAAACUGUGCUAAAUAAUGGUGGAUAAGUCAUUCAAUACUUGUAGCCACAGUUAUUCGUGCGUUUUUUGCAAUAACGCGAACAAACUGAAGGCAAAAAUAAUUAUCCAAAGAGUGGUGGCUCAGUUUCUUAAAAGAAUAAGUCUUUAUGUAGAUUCUAUGUGCGUCGUCAGAAAUCUUCUUUGGUGAUAUCGAGUAAUUGGUUUGCAUGCAGUUAAAUCGUGAAUAAAUCACAUCACCUGUCUUAUACGAUAUAGUAAAUUUAGACCACAAUAUUAAAAGCGGUGGUUGUUAUAACCAAACCGUCUGUUUACCAUAUCGAUAGUAAAAUACAGAGUUGAUUGCAGUAUUUUUAAUGUUCCGGGUAUUACACAGGUUCGGUGUUACGCACAACUCCAUAUCAUUCUUUAUUUUCAGUUACAAUUUUACAACAGUUCAAACACCUUUGCUGGUUAAACAACAUUCUAUUUUCAAUCAUAAACCGGUGUUGUAGUCCAGUUCUCUUCGAGUACCAAGGUUUUGGGGCAAACAUUUUGCUUGUCGGGGGGGGGGAGCUGACGAACACGAACCUUUGACGGUACAUACAUCAAGUAACACGAUGGCUUUAAAACAACAGUUCAAUAAAGGCCAAGUUUUUAUAACCUAUGUCCUCGAAAAGUACUCGUUUAGGUUCCAAUCUCUUUAAAGGGUAGCUGCAAUCAAUUUUUGAGAUUGCAAACCUAUACAUUGCACCUUCUUGUCUCAGUUAACCUUAUUUUCAACUAGGCUUAGGCCUAUUGCUUUAUUAUUUAAAAAGAAAUUUUUUGAUUUUUUUCUACAUUCAUGAGCAAGACUGUGAUGUCAUCUCAAAAAGAAGCUUCAAUGUUACACUGAUUUGUACACAAAGAAGUAGAUUGUAGAUUUUCCUGAACUCCGCUUUCUCUGAUUUGCUGCUUUAUUGUUGUUUAUGUGGCUAGCAACACAGCCUGCAGUUGUCCUGAAAAGCAGGGGUAUUUUUAAUUUUUUAAACGCAUACUCUUUUCAGUGUAUUUAACCAUGUAGGAGUCUACAAGACAGUCUUCAUACAUUGAAGAGUACAAAGAUGCAGAAAUAUAGUAAAAUAAUAAUAAUUCAUUGCAGCUACACUUGAAAGCUUACAUUUUCAUAAGUCGGAGUGAUUGAAAUCUUGAAUAAAUCUUGUCAUAUUGCCGUUCCAACCAUCAA